ACGAUUUGGUCGGUAAGGUCACGGUCGUAAUCCUCGUUGACAUCGUAUAUGUGUUUGCAGCUUGCAGCCAGUAAUAUAAUGGCGUCCAGGAAAACAAGACAGAAUCACUCGAUACAGCAUCUGCUCGAGUUACCCUCUAAUCGGGAUUCAAAAUUAUCGCGGUUUCCCGUGAAGGAGCAUACUCAACUGCCGCCGUCCAUGCCAACUCCUCGCCAAGUUCCGGUGACCGUGUUGCAUCCCUCUCCGAAAAAGUUAUACCUGAGUAAAACACGGCAGGCUGCCUUCUCGACCGAUUUGCAGCAGUCUCUCUCACGAACAGUCAGUCCAACCGCACGCCAGCAAGAGCCGUCCCUAGCGAGGCGGGAAUAUCCCCGCCAAAUCAUGAACAAGGUGGACGAUCGAGUCAGAUCACCGGGGACAUCACGAUGCCUGACCGCUACUACCAUGUCACUUUCCAUCUCGCCAUCUAGCCCCGAAGAACCUGUUACGCUGGUGGAACUGACCAGCGUGCCGGGCGGACAGAAUGCGAUGGCUCAUCUCAAAAAGCGGAAACUGGAAGCAGAGUCGGUCGCGCAGAAUCCUAAACAAACGCAGCAGCCGUCGCAACAGUCGCAGCAGCAAUUGUUGAUCGGCAAGAAGGGCUUGCAGACGAGCACGUCGCAAGAGAUGGAGAUGACUGACGCCGCGACGAAGCGGAGGAGGAAAAGCGUUCGUGACGAUGACAUACGAAAGACGAUCGAUGUUAUUGAUCCUAACAAAAAUAUACCGUUGCCCCAGAAGAAGCGCGCAUUUACAACGGGUAACUCGGGUAGUCCUGCCAGGAAAUCGAGUAAGCACAGCGAAGAACCCGAAGACGAUGAAACUCUCAUAAGAGAAACGGAAGCCGCCUUGAAAAGUCUAUCAGGUAGCUGGCCGGGACCGAGAGGAUCUCUAUAUCAAAGAGGCAAUUCAGACGAGGAUAGAUACGAGUCUAACUUUGAAAAUCUUUUUGAGGAAAAAAAAGAAAAUCCUAAAUUGUCGCCCUCAUCAAUAUCAACGUCUUCGACUACGAGUAAUGACACUGGUUGUUCGUUGAAGGAUGUAAUAACUCUUCGCGGACAACAGGAUCGAUCGGGUAAGUUGCAACAGCAGAAUAAGCAGCAGGAUUCGAAACAACAGCAUCCAACUAAAAUUAAGAAAGAUUUGGACAAUUUACUGAAGAUAGAAAAUGAAUGCGCGAACAUUCAGUCUCAAGUCAACAACGUUAAUCAAAACGAACCGCCGAAAAUUAGACCAAUUUCUGUUCGCUCAUUGUCAAGCAAAGAGAGGAACGAGAGGAACAUGGUGGGAGCACAUAUUGACCCUCAGGGAAGGCAAUCGGACAAAUAUUCCAGAUACGAUCCACCGGACUUCAACGAAUUAGUCGAUGAUUCGUCCAACGAACUAGAAAUUGACAUGUCGGAUCCGGCCACUGACAAGGAUGAGGGCGAUCGAGAUAGAUCGAAUGACCGAGAACGGGAUCGGACGUGCAAAAAUGGCCAAUCACCCCAAAACAUUAGCAGACAGCAGCAACACCAACAGCUUUACACGAAUUAUCAAAGACAAUAUAACGAUACCAACAUGAAAGUCUCAUCUACGGGAACUUCAUCGACACCAGCGAACUCUCCGUUUUCAGCAACAUCUGCUUUUAGGCCGCCUAAUACGGACCACUCAAAAGCAUCCUGUCGUAGCUCUUCGGCGGUCCCAGUAGCAUCUUCAGCGAUUCCACCAAUCGGUCCGUAUCCAGCUGCCGCCACAUUCGUGGGAUAUCCGACGCCCGGACCGACGAUGCCAACACCGCAGCCUGUAUCCGGUAUCUCGCCCACAGCAGAUGACAAGCACUCAUCUACAGUGUCACUCUUACAACUGAAAUCCUCGAAGGAGGAAAGUCAUCAUGUGACAACCCACGACGUAGCUACCAAUUCUGUAUCUCCCAACAAGAGUCCUGCCAGCGGUCCACCUUCCGUCACGAGUCCCGAUUCUUCGAAACAAUAUACAAUCCUUCAACCUGCGGGAGUGGGCUCCAGAGCAGCCAGUGCAAUUCAGGAUAUCGCGAGGGAAGGAGUGGUGAGUGUUGCCGCUGUUAGCAGCUGCACCACCGCGAACAACGGCAGUGCGAGUAAUGUCAACACCGCGAAUGCGAACGGCAAUGGGGUGGUCGGUAAUAAAACUACCAACGGGAACAACGGCGCUAAUGACAGCAACAGUACUACGAAUCCUGCCGGGAAUCCUAAUGCAAACAGCAUCACCAGCAUAACCAUUACAACCGUGUCGACGACCACUACUACUUCUAGUCCGACAGUCGCUGUUGAUGUACCUUCGACGAACGGCCAGCAGGACAAUGUCAUGAAAAUGCCAGAGAGACCCGGCACCUUUGAUAGUACCAGACCGGGAAUGUCUAUGUCUCCGUCCAGUCUCGGCAGAGAGGGCAACAAGUGCCCGACCCCAGGCUGCACGGGGCAGGGUCACGUGACCGGACUCUACUCUCACCACCGCAGCCUUUCUGGAUGUCCACAGAAGGAUAAAUUAACUCCAGAGAUUCUGGCGAUGCAUGAGACCAUAUUGAAAUGCCCGACGCCUGGUUGCAACGGUCGUGGUCAUGUCAGCUCCAAUCGGAACACACAUAGGAGCCUGUCCGGAUGUCCCAUUGCCGCGGCCAAUAAGCAGGCCGCACGCGAAGCACGACAAAAGGUUCAAGUGCCGGGAAUACCACCGGAAUACAUCAGCACGAAUCUGUUACCCCCUUCAAUGGACACGAAGAGCUAUUCGCAGUACGGUUCCGCAACGCAAGACACGAAACCCGUACUAAACAGUUUGACCUACGAUUACUAUUCAACGAAGAACGCUGGAAUUAAUGUGAAACCUCCGAAAACGCCGGAGGACAACAGCACGUCGCGUCCCGCGAAGGUGCCCAAGACGGAGAAUAUGACUCUUAGCAGCAGUUGCUGCAACACAUUAUCUAUGAGGAAUCAAAAUACGGGUGAAUUGUUGGUCCCCAAGACGGAGGAUGCUGCGUCUUGCAGAGUGAAUUCGCCUCCACCACCACCGCCUCCUGCAGUACGACAAACAUAUGAUUCUUACAUGAGCCAAGAUUCAAAUUCCUCAUCCAUGUCAUCUAUGGACGCGAUGGGUUCGAGACCAUCCAUAGGAGCGACAAUCCAUCAUCCUAGUCAGCAUCCGACACAUCAUGUACUGCCAAUGCAGCCCGUCGCCUAUCCGAUGACGAUGGUGGAAGAUACCAGGAUGAGCCAUCAAAUGUCCCAAAGGUCUCCUUACGAACCUAGCGCCAUGAUGGCCGCAGCAGCGGCCGCGACCACCACAGAAGAGCUUUAUCAUCAUAGAUCAGCCGAACACGCGAGAGCGUACAUGCAUCCUGGUACCAGCAACAUCGCACGACCAGUAGUGACGUAUUCUAACGACAUAGCUGGUAGAGGCUACGAGAAUGCGGUAGUCAGUGCAGCCAAUCAUCGACCCUAUGAUCCCGGUACUACUGCGACUAAAUGUUGUGUCUCCGUGAAUGUUGCAGUGAAAUGUGUCACGGUCGCGCAAAUGCAGCAAAUGCAGAAACCCGGUGGACCGCCUACCUCGCCCGGGGGAUCAGUGAUGGAUUUGUCUACCUCCAGUGUUACGUCCACUAGCCCGCAGGCACCACCCUACGGUUCGAACAGCCUCAGUCCACAAUAUGGAGGAGGACAAACAGUAGGAAGUAGUCCUCAGGCUGCAGCGAGUCCGCACUUAACGGCUAGUCCUCAAGUUCCUAGUCCCCAGGGUCAAACUCUCGAUCUUAGCGUCAAUAGACUCCACAGCGGUGCACCCAGUCCGCAGUAUUCUACUGGCCAUGGGGAAGCCGUCGCGGUUCCAGUGGGUCCGGGUUUUCCAGCCCCACGACCGAUCGAAGAACAGACGGAACCCGUUGAUUUUUCAACGGCGAAUGAGCCGGUCAAUUUCAGUGGGGGUCCGGGGAUCAGGCCUGUACCCGGGUUUCCGCCGCCUGGAGUGCACGUCACGGCGUAUAGUCGCGAGAGCACACCCGACAGCGGGGGUUCCCACUACAUGGACGCCUACCGAGAUCCCACCGGUUAUGGACCCAUGAGUCCUCAUCCAGGAUACGGGAUGACUGGCGUUCAACCCGAAUAUCCCGGAAACACGUACACCCCUUACCCAACUGCAGGUUAUAACUGCGGUGGAACUUAUCCAGGUGGUCCAGUGACUUCCGGUUAUCAGAUUCCAGCGGGUUAUACUCCAGCACCAUGCUACAGUAUGCCGCCCCCACAGCAUACGGUCGGACCCCUCGAUAAACCAUCUGGCAAGGACGACAGUAUGAGUGUGAGGAGAUACUCGUUGAAUUUCCCACCUCGGCCCACCCCUCGUGGUCGCGAUGGCAAGGAGCUGAUACAGUGCCCCACGUCGUCCUGUGAUGGCAUGGGUCAUGUCUCAGGGAACUACGCUACCCACAGAAGCCUUUCCGGAUGUCCACGAGCUGAUCGUUCGCAAAUCCAGGCGCAUUCCCAGGAGCUCAAGUGUCCUACGCCAGGAUGCGAUGGUUCUGGACAUGUCACGGGAAAUUACUCGUCACACAGAAGUUUGUCCGGUUGUCCACGGGCCAACAAGCCAAAGAGUAAACCGCGAGAUGGUCAAGAUUCUGAGCCCCUGAGAUGUCCAAUCCCGGGUUGCGACGGGUCCGGCCAUGCCACCGGCAAAUUCUUGUCGCACCGCAGUGCAUCUGGGUGCCCAAUCGCAAACAGGAAUAAGAUGCGAGUGUUGGAGUCUGGCGGGACGGUCGAGCAGCACAAGGCGGCCGUGGCUGCCGCGACAGCCAUGAAGUUCGAAGGUGUCAAUUGCCCCACACCUGGAUGCGAUGGACUCGGUCACAUAAACGGCUCCUUCCACAGUCACAGGUCUUUAUCGGGCUGCCCGAUAGCCAGCCAUGCCGUGAAGAAACCGAAACCGGAGGACAAUAUGAGCAUGUACAGCAGAGGAAUCACCGGGUUGGAAGCCGGUGGUCCGGCUCACGGAGGUGCGGUAGGCACGGGUCAGGGUAACUCGAGCGGUAGCGGGACCGCCGGUGUCCAGAGCGAGGAUCUCUACACACUGGAGGCUGAAAUCACCGAGCUCCAGAGAGAGAACGCCCGGGUCGAGUCGCAGGUCUUGCGCUUGCGCUCGGAUAUCACCGCCAUGGAGAAUCAGCUCAAGCAGGGAGAAAAGGAAACGACAACGAUAACUCAGCGUAACAAUAAUUUGACCGAGUACUAUCAGUCGCUACGCGACAACAUGAUCACUCUGCUGGAGCAAGUGCGAAUACCGAACGCCCCGGGCGGACCGCAGGAGAAAAUAGGCCAUGAGAACUUCGAUAGUUACUUGACGAAGUUGCAGACUCUGUGCACCGCCGACGGUUACUGCGCCGACGAGAGCAACCGGCCGAUUUACGAGACGGUGAAGACCGCCCUGCAGGACUUCACGGUCCUGCCGACACCCAUCUGAGACCAUCCUUAAAGAUCGACGAUCUGGUACUGAGCGUCGCUCUUGGGACUCGCGCGACCAAGCGAUCCGGCGUA